AUGGUAAAUAAUAUUAUCGAAGGAAUAUACUGUCUUGUUCAGACAUCGGGUUUGGGUGGUUUACGACAUAAUACGGUUGUUGUUGUAUGGCCAGAUGAAUGGGCCACAUCGCAUGAAAUUACUGUUUGUCAACGUUUUGUUAGUACGUUACGUGCAGCUGAUGCUGCUGAUUGUGCAAUAUUAGUCCCAAAAAAUGUUAAAAUAUUUCCGUCUUCACAGGUUAAGCUACAUGGUUACUUAGAUGUUUGGUGGAUUGUACACGAUGGUGGCUUAUUAAUGCUUUUACCAUUUCUUUUAAAGCAAAAUAAAACUUGGCGUAAUACACGUCUAAGGCUAUUUACAAUUGCUCAAAUGGAUGAUAAUACGUUCAAUAUGAAGAAAGAUUUGGAAACAUUUUUGUAUCAUUUACGAAUUGAAGCUCAAGUUUUCGUCAUCGAAUUGCCUGAUUCGGAUAUCUCAGAAUAUACGUAUGAACGAACAAUGAAAAUGGAGGAAAGGGUACGAUUGUUGAAAGAUAUGCAAGUUGGUGAACGAAAAUUGGAUGUUCAGUCAGCUGUUGUUGAAGCGGCUCGUGAAAGGAAAUUAUCUCGAAUCAGUGAGGAGGAUCAAUUGUUGCAUGCCAAGGCUUGCUAA